AUGCUGCUCAACAAUGCUAGCUCGGCCGGCUCGACGAACCUCGCCUGCCAGGAGGCCCUGCCGUACCUGGAGUGUUCCGGGACGGAGUUUGAUGCACGCUGGACAGAGCUGCGCCUGGCCAGCAUAGUGCACCGAGAGGCGGGUCUGCGCUGGCAAGAUGAAGGUGGCGACGGAGCCCGAAAGAUCUUCGACUUGAGCACCUUUCUGGUUGGAACCUGGUGGCAGCAGCUUUCCAUGGCACCGAUCACCUUCGACUUAGUGAUGAAGCGCCUCCAGCCGCCCUCGAGCCUUGGGGGCCUCUGCUUCUAUGGCCUCGUGACCGCCAUCUUCCUUCGCUCCCAGUUCCUUUCGGAGAACCUCGGCCAUCACCAGGAGGCUUUGGACGGACUGCAGGAUGGCCUUUCUCUCUUGGGAGCACGUCUUCACCUGGAUUUCGUCCGCGAGGCGAGCUCAUGGCCAUUUGGGGCCUUGGACUUUCGUGUGAACCGGGACAACCUGCAGACGUGGGUUGGCCGAGAGCAGGGCAAACGGACCGACGGGCCAGCAUCGUUCCGCACCUCACCGUUCACCGGCCUCCAGGAGCCGAGGCCCAGGCUGGUGGCACGCACGCAGGCAUCAUGGCGUCGUCUGGAGUCCCCAGGCUGGCGCAGAGAAAAGCGCGUCCUGGGGCUCGCUGUCUUCGGUGUGCACUCCACCCUCGUUCUCGAGCCUGCGACCAUGCUGAAGGCCGCGUUGCGGCCCUGGACCACCCGCGUACAGAUCUUUAUGCGAGACUGCCCGCGGGGAAAUGCUGCCUGGUCGCACCACUGCGCGCUGCAGUGCCAAGCGCUCGGGAGCUGCGAGCCGGGCUCAGAAGGUAGCAGUCAGCUGUGGGUGGACCUUGUGCACAUGUUCGAGGAAGCAAUCCACGAGCGACAGAGAUACUACCAGGUCGCUGACUACCUCACCGUCCUAGCUGAGAUGCACCGCCUGGAUGCAGAGCUGCGUGGGGCAGAGAUGUAUGUCUGCACAGCUCCUCUAGUGUGUAGCCUCCUGCGGACGGUGGUCGAGAAGCCUCUGCUGGCAUAUCUGGGCAUGCAGCUGCAUGUGAACGUUGAUAGGCAGACGGACCAGCUGUGGCUCAUGCACUUCCAGGCCAUGACCAGAGACCGGGAGGGCAAUGUUUGGGCGGCCCACAACUUUGCCUUGCGAGAGCAGAUCCGGUAUGCCACCGGAGUCCAGCUGGAGGUUGUCCGGCCCAGGGCCCUCUACGUGCAACGACCUUCCAAGCUGUACCGCACCUCGCCGGGCAAAGCAUACCGGCGCCAGGUGCUGUUUUUCCGCAGCAGCUACUUCCAACUCUCGCUGUUCCUUCCGGUCCUGGAGGCCCACCUUGAUGCCUGCGGCUCGCAGCUGCCUCUGGCUCUGCGCGUGGUUCGAAGCAGCGGAGAUUUCGUGCCAUUUCGACAGAUGGCCCAAUUCAAGGCGGCGGUGCUCUUCCCAUGGGAUCCGGCCUUGAUGGCCUUCUACGAGCUCUACAGCUUGGGGCCGGCGCUGCUCCUCCCAAGGAGCGCGUGGAUCUUCAAGAUUCAGCACCUCAGAGCUCGGUGCCGUUGA